AUGAAGCCGUCUCUCACAUUCGUCCCUGUCCGGCUUGGACUCGCCGCCGCCGCUCCGCAGAGUAACCCCGACCCUUCCAAGUAUGGCCUGUCCAAGGACUUCCCGGACAAGAUCAAGAAGACACUGGAAGACUUCAAGGCCCAAAAGCAAGAUGUGGAAAAGUUCAUGGGCGACGUCGCCCAACAGGUCAGAUGGCAAGUCACCGACAGUCCGCCAGGCGCUGUCGGCAAAGGGGCCACCAUGCUCUCCCUCCUCACAUCUUCGAAAGAUCUCAACAACCCUCCUACCGAGGAACAAGCCAAGGACGUCUUGAAGAAGUUUGCCUCGGCGGCAAUCGCGUUUGUCCCCACGUUGGGCGCCCUCGGCGGCCUACCCGGCUUCCUCGCCAUCAUGAAGGCCAUCACCAUGGGCAUCUUCAACUUCGAAUCCCCCCGAGCUUGCGGCCAAGGCGGACAUGAAGGGAAAGCGCUUCAGCGACGAGGCGGCAUACGAGGAUCUCUGCAACAACUGCCAGCCGCAACGCCAUGA